CCCACCCCAUAUGUUUCCACAGGGGCUGCUCCGGCAGAUUCCAGUGGUGGGUUCUGUGCUGAACUGGUUUUCUCCAUUUCACGCUUCACCAAAGGGAAGAACGUUUGACCUAACAGCAGGUUCUCUUGAAUUGACUGAGCCCACAUACGUCUCCAAAGUGCAGGGGACUGGGAUCACCCCGCCUCCAACUCCCACAUCUGCACGGGCAAAGCAAAGGUUGCCUGGCCAAAAGCUGUUUAAAAGGUCCAUGAGGAGCUCUGACGGGUUCAGUGAGACGAGUUCCGUGAGCCACACUGAUGACUUGGUCAGAGGAGAGCUGUCACCGGGCCCUUCCUCUGCAGGACAGGGGAACCCUGAGUUAUCAGAAGCGGGUGUGCACUUGACGGAGGAAGCAGAUGAAGACUCCGCAGGGGAAAUGGUUCAGACUCUGGGAAACACUGGCACUAAAUCAGAAGAACAAGAGAGUCUCAGAUAAGGAUCUCGGCCCUGUGCACACAGACUUUGUACAGAAGCUGAGGACUUUGUACAGUACAGGGCAGGGGGAUUUCACCGUGCAUUUGAAAAUGUGACUAGUGCCACAGUGUGUCCAGUAAUAGCUACUGUUCCUUGUGAUUUACUGGAGAUUUUGCACAAAUUUUAGUGGAAGAAGUUCUUCUUUCCUUGUUUGUUCUCUUUCCUCUUCCUCACUGUUGGCCUUGGUUUGUUUUCUGCACUGGUCACAGCUGCUGUUGCCAAGGCAGUGAGGCUUAGACCACCAAGGCAGUACCUUCCUUGCCAGGAAACCUGCAAGAGAUCAUACCAGCAGGUCUCCAGGUGAUACUUAACUGAUUUUCUUUCCCCCCCUUUUUUAGCCUUUUGCUGGCUAAACGAUCUGUUGCACUUGGUGCGGUUAUUUUUAUUUUGUAAAAUGGAUCCAUUGUCUAAUAUAUGAAAUAAACCUAUCAGUUGCUCAUACUACUUUAUUAAGCUAAAAAUACCUAUUAUUGUUCAUUCACUGGGCUUAUAACUUCCCAUUCUGCGUUAUCAGUUCAUGUUUAAAUUGUUGUUCAAUAUUGUAAAUACCAGCCAGAUGAUUAGUUUAUUGCUUGCUUCUCCAAAGAAGGGUUGAUGGAUAAAGUGCAAACAGAAUCCAUGUCUUCCGUGUGUGGUUUGUUUGGUGCAGUGACUUGCAUUAACUCUGAUACUGAGAGAGAAGUGGGGGAUGAAAUCGUUAAUGUAAAAUCAAAAUGUUUUUCCAACUGAAAUGGUCUCAGCCAGUGCUUUUGCUGGAAAUUUAUUGUAGAUGCUUCCCAAAUGCUUUGGUAGCUAUUUUCAGUUGUGUUUUUGUGGUCAGCCAUAAUUCUGCAAGCACACUUUUGAUAUGCUUUGUUAAAAUUCUGUACUUUUCUAAUAAAAUAAAAUGUUUUAAAGUUAAAAAGAAAAAAA